AUGUGCGGAGGGGAGUUCACCUGCCGGGCUCAGCACCCGCUGGGCUCCCAGCACGUCUCCUUCAGCCUCUCUGUGCAGAGCAGCCCUCCCUGCAGCUGUGUGACCGAGGAGCAGCAGGGCUCCUGGCCCCUGGUCCUCACCCUGAUCAGAGGGGCCCUCAUGGGGGCUGGCUUCCUCCUCACCUACGUCCUCACCUGGCUCUACUACACCAGGUGUGGAGGCCCCCGGAACAGGAGGCAGAGCUCCUGAUGGAUCCUCCCUUCCUCUCAAGAUGGGACUGAGGUGUGGACACCAGGUGAGAGGGACCGUCCUGGGGCGUCCAUGUCACCUUCUUCCUGGAAGCUCUUGACUCACCUGCCUCCAAUGUGCCCCUGGGGUUUCAGUGUGUGGAAGUGACUGAGUGACCACAAGGGGAGUCAGUGCCAUGGAGAGAAGACU